CCCGAUUCAUGCUUGUCUGUCUCGCCGGUUCUUGCGUUGCAACAGCCCCGACGUGAGCGGGCGUCCCUUCCGAUGACGAGUUUGCGGUUUCCGAGUCCGCCGGCUGGCCCCUUCGUGCGUGCCUAUCGAGGCCCAGACCUGCUCCGUCGCAUUCGUUCAGUCGUGACUGUUCCGGCGACUCACUUGCACAUAGAACUGUCCGUCUCGUCGCCUUUUCACGCCCGAACCGUUCCCACUCGUUCGCACCUUCCGGCACCGAGACCCUGACGUCCUCUGCACCGCUGGAUCGCUCGCCUCGAGUGUCU